UUGUAAAGUACAUUCAGAACCUCCUCGUAACAUCCACAACCACAAAGACACUUCAAACCACAGCAGAUUUUCUACAAGGACACCGUUGAGACUUUCCACCCAGCUCUGUGUUUGUCUUUUUAUUUAUUUAUUUAUUUAUUUCAACUUCUGAGUAAAAGGUUUUGGAGAAAUCCAGAGCUGGAACUUUGUUUUUAGGUUUUUUUUAUAUAUUUUUUUUUUGGACAGGAUGGCACUGCGACAGAACCCUGAUAUGGAGCCGAACAUCGAGUUGUUUAUAAAGGCUGGACAUGACGGGGAGAACGUGGGGAACUGCCCCUUCUGCCAGCGGCUCUUCAUGGUGCUGUGGCUGAAAGGAGUCAAGUUCACAGUGACGACUGUUGAUAUGAGGAAGAAACCAGCAGAGCUCAAAGACCUGGCUCCUGGAACAAACCCUCCCUUCCUCCUCUACAACGGCACCCUCAAAACAGACUUCAUUAAGAUUGAGGAGUUUCUUGAACAAACAUUGGCCCCUCCCAGGUACCCUCAUCUCAGCCCACUGAACAAAGAGUCCUUCAAUGUUGGCGCUGACAUUUUUGCAAAGUUCUCUGCUUUUAUCAAAAACAGCCCAAACAAUGCCUUGCAAGAGAAAAACCUGCUGCGGGAGUUCAAGCGCCUGGAUGACUACCUGAACACCCCCCUCCCUGAAGAGAUAGACCACAACUCAAGGGAAAACAUCAUCACCUCCAACAGGAUGUAUCUGGAUGGCAAUCGGCUCACACUGGCUGACUGCAACUUACUACCCAAACUGCACGUUAUUAGGGUUGCUGCCAAGAAGCACUGUGACUUUGACAUUCCAGCCCACUUCACGGGCGUGUGGCGUUAUCUAAAAAAUGCCUACGCCAGAGAGGAGUUUAAGCAGACGUGUCCAGCUGACAUUGAAAUUGAGAAGGCUUAUUUUAGUGUGGUCAACAAGAGGAAAUAAACCUUUCAUUCUGUGGAA